AGCGUUGGGGAAAUUCCGCUUAUUCUUCUUCUUGCAACUUGUUAUUCCGAGGAGUCCGCCUGCACCCCUCACCCCGGGGCGGCCCUCCCGCCGCCGCCGCCGCCGGCCCGCCGCCCCGGGACCCCGCGCGGGCCGGGGACUCUCAGCCCUUCGGAGAGGGGCCGCGGCCGCCCCUCCCCCCGGGCUGCGGGGGGAGGGGCGCGCGGAGUGGGACUCUUUCCGUUUGGUCCAGCCCCGCGGUGCACGUAGUUCCCAACACUUCUCGUCACCCUCUCUGCUCUCUUUAUUCUGCUGAGCGGUGCUGUUAGGAUUUCUUUUUCUCUCUCUCUCUCUCUCUCUCUCUCUCUCUCUCUCUUUCUCCCCCCCCUCCUCCUCCCUUGACCACGCUCGCCAUGGUGGGUAGCUGCAAGGUGGCCCUGGCAGGGGAGGGGUUUGAUGUGGACCUCGGGGCACCCGGCGAGAAAGGUCUCCGUCAACUUUGUCUUGCGGCUUGCACCCCGGGAGGAGGCCACAUGCCGAUUGUGGGGUGUAGAUGUGCCGGGAGAGAUUUCUGAGUAGUUGAGUUGUUGAGAUGAGGGUUCGGCGGCUAAUGGUAGGCAGGUUUUGUUUUCGUGGGUGAAUCCGGUGUCAUCAUAUUCCGGUCAUAUGUUGAAAUAUUCUUUGUUUAGGUCUUGAAGUAGAGGAUCUCCCCGUGCACGUCCACACGGUGUUGUUUUUAGAGGAUGUCUCCGGGAGUACGGAUUUCUAGAAUCUGAAACGUGAUUUUAAGGUCUCGGCAUGUGUGGGCCUCGGCGCUGGCCUUGACAGUGAACUUUGUGACUGUGUUUUUGGACUUCUAAGAUUUUACCCCAUAGCUGGGAUGCCAGUUAUGCGUUUCCUUAAUGGUAGAUAUCAGGAAUGUAGAGUCUUGAGCUGAAGAAGUUAGAGAGGGAAGGGCAUUUAUUUAUUAAUAAUUGAUAGCUGAAUGUCAGAAUCAGAUUCAUUUUGGCUGGUUAAAGGUUUUUGUUUUGUUUUCCUUUAUCCUUUAAAGCUGUUGUGCACUCUAGGAAGCCUUUUGGCAGGCACUCUAUGGUGGUUCUUUGGGGCACGGAGCGGGGGGGGGGUAUCGUCUUUUAGAGAGAGGUCUUCAGCAUCAUCUGUAGCUUUAUUGAGGGCCUGUGCAGAGGGCUGAAAUUGAGGCUAAGGAGUGGAAGGCUGCUUUUCAGAAAAGUCUGUGUGUUACGUGUUUACGGCUCGUGUUUUCUCACUUUGGGGCAGUAGGAAUAAAUAGGUCAGCGUUCCUAUUGGUUUUUGAAGGUUAGCUGGCCCCCCCUUUUCAAAGUUUUACCGUCUACUUGGUUUGCAGCCUUGUAGGAAAGCAUUACUGAAUUUUUCCUGGGAAUACUGUUACUCAUUUUAAUUUCGUGGCCCAUCCUUUUUCCUGUUCAAUUAUCUAGAAGGAGCUGCUUCAGAAACACUGUCCUGUUUACUGGACGCUCUCUAGCACUAUCCAGCAGGAGGCGCUACAACAAGUUAAAGGGACUCUUAAUUUUGAGGGUCUUUCUACCUAUUGAAGCUCUCUAGCUCAGCCAAGGAACAGGAGUAAAGUUCCGGGAAGACUUUGAGGGAUUAGAGAGUUGAAGGAGAGCCAGUUCCCCCAAAAUUGGACUUCUCAGAACCUUUAAUGUGCUAAUGUGCAUUGUGGAUCUCCAUGAUGGGGAUAUGAUAUGCAGCAUUCUUGAAUACUUCUAAUGACAGGGAGCCCACUACCUCAUAAGCUGCAGCAACAAGAGGAGCUUGUUAUUUUAAACGGAGGCUGAAGACACUGUAGAAUUAGCAGACAUAAGAGAAGGUGGAGAAGGUAGAGGAUGGAGUUGCAGACUCUACAGGAGGCUCUUAAAGUGGAAAUUCAGGUUCACCAGAAACUGGUUGCUCAAAUGAAGCAGGAUCCACAGAUAUUUUUUCUUUCCAAUCAGAAUGCUGACUUAAAGAAACAGCUUCAUGAACUCCAAGCCAAAAUCACAGCUUUGAGUGAGAAACAGAAAAGAGUAGUUGAACAGCUGCGGAAGAACCUGAUAGUCAAGCAAGAGCAGUCGGACAAGUUCCAGAUACAGCCAUUGUCACAGUCUGAAAACAAACUACAAACAGCACAGCAGCAGCCACUACAGCCACUGCAGCAGCAGCAGCAACAGCAGCAGCAGCAGCAGCAGCAGCAACAGCACGCCCAGCAGUCGGCAGCACCUCCCAGUCUGACUGCAUCCCAGAAGACUGUAACUACAGCUUCUAUGAUUACCACAAAGACACUACCUCUCGUCUUGAAAGCAGCAACUGCGACCAUGCCUGCCUCUGUUGUGGGCCAGAGACCUACCAUUGCUAUGGUGACCGCCAUCAACAGUCAGAAGGCUGUGCUCAGCACUGAUGUGCAGAACACACCAGUCAACCUCCAGACGUCUAGUAAGGUCACUGGGCCUGGGGCAGAGGCUGUCCAAAUUGUGGCAAAAAACACAGUCACUCUGCAGGUUCAAGCAACACCUCCUCAGCCCAUCAAAGUACCACAGUUUAUCCCUCCUCCUAGACUCACUCCACGUCCAAACUUUCUUCCACAGGUUCGACCCAAGCCUGUGGCCCAGAAUAACAUUCCUAUCGCUCCAGCGCCUCCUCCCAUGCUUGCAGCUCCUCAGCUUAUCCAGAGGCCUGUCAUGCUGACCAAGUUUACACCCACAACCCUCCCCACCUCCCAGAAUUCCAUCCACCCCGUCCGUGUUGUCAAUGGACAGACCGCAACCAUAGCCAAAACAUUCCCCAUGGCCCAGCUCACCAGCAUUGUGAUAGCUACUCCAGGGACAAGACUCGCUGGACCUCAAACUGUACAGCUUAGCAAACCAAGCCUUGAGAAACAGACAGUUAAAUCCCACACAGAAACAGAGGAGAAACAAGCAGAGAGCCGUACCGUCACCCCGCCUGCUGCACCUAAACCAAAACGAGAGGAGAACCCUCAGAAACUUGCCUUCAUGGUGUCUCUAGGGUUGGUAACACAUGACCAUCUAGAAGAAAUCCAAAGCAAGAGGCAGGAGCGAAAGAGAAGAACAACAGCAAACCCAGUGUACAGUGGGGCCGUCUUUGAGCCAGAGCGUAAGAAGAGCGCAGUCACUUACCUUAACAGCACAAUGCAUCCUGGGACACGGAAGAGAGGUCGUCCUCCAAAAUACAAUGCAGUGCUGGGGUUUGGAGCCCUUACCCCAACAUCCCCCCCAUCCAGUCAUCCCGACUCCCCUGAAAAUGAAAAGACAGAGACCACAUUCACUUUCCCUGCACCUGUGCAGCCUGUGUCGCUGCCCAGCCCCACCUCCACAGACGGUGACAUCCAUGAGGAUUUUUGCAGCGUUUGCAGGAAGAGCGGCCAGUUGCUGAUGUGUGACACCUGUUCCCGUGUGUAUCAUCUGGACUGCUUAGACCCACCUCUGAAAACAAUUCCCAAGGGCAUGUGGAUCUGCCCCAGAUGUCAGGACCAGAUGCUGAAGAAGGAAGAAGCAAUCCCAUGGCCUGGAACCUUAGCCAUCGUUCAUUCCUAUAUUGCCUACAAAGCAGCAAAAGAAGAGGAGAAACAGAAGCUACUUAAGUGGAGUUCAGAUUUAAAACAGGAGCGAGAACAACUAGAGCAGAAGGUGAAAGAGCUCAGCAGUUCGAUAAGUAAAUGUGUGGAAAUGAAGAACAGCAUCCUGGCGCGGCAGAAGGAGAUGCGCAGCUCCCUGGACAAGGUGAAACAGCUCAUCCGCCUCAUCCAUGGCAUCGACCUCUCCAAACCUGUAGACUCUGAGGCCACUGUGGGGCCGCUCUCCAAUGGCCCGGACUGCACGCCACCUGCCAACACCGCCUCCACACCCGCCCCUUCCCCCUCCUCGCAGAGCUGCACGGUGAACUGUAACCAGGGUGAAGAGACUAAAUAACAGCCCUCAAGGAGACGCCACAGUCCCGGUGGCGAGGAGACUCCAGAAAAGCAAAGCCGGAUUUCUUCUGGAAAGUACAGAAUUCUUUUGGUUCUUUGGUUCCAGAGAGAGAGAAGAUGCUUGUGCCAGGUGGCACCCGAGUUUGCCAAUUGAUUCUUCUUAUUCUGUGUACAUGCAAAGAUUGGACCAUGUUACAUGAAAUAGUGCCAGCUGGAGGUUCUUUGCCAGCACCAUGCCAAGUGAAAUAAUAUAUUUACUCUCUCUAUUAUACACCAGUGUGUGCCUGCAGCAGCCUCCACAGCCACGGUGGGUUCGUUUUUGUUUUGUUGGGUGGGGAGCAGGGACGGGCGGAGGGAGGAGAGCAGGUUUCAGAUCCUUACUGGGAGCCGUUUGUUUAGGUAGAAAAGACAAGUCCAAAGAGUGUGUGGGCUUUCCUGUUCCUAAACUUUCACUACCAUAAAACCAAAAAAAGAAAAAAGAAAAAAAAAAGGAAAAAAAAGGAAAUAGAGAUUUAACUAACCCAGUGCCCAGAAGAGGGAUGGGGAAGGGCUGGGAGGGAGCAAGGGUGGGAAAGUAUAUGACAUAAGCAGUAUUUAACGUUUCUGGAGGGGACCUAGUGCAAGGAGAGCUGGUCCCCUCCCCAGCUCCGCUCCCUCCCACAGCUUCCAGCAGCCCCUCCCUCUGCUUGGUGUGGUGCACAGCCCCAGGUGGUCCCCAGGCCGUGGAAGCUGGUAGGGAGGGUGCUUGUGGUCCAGGAGGAAGAAAGGCGGAUCAGAGGUUUUACUUGAAAACAAGCUCCAUCCCUUUUCUAUAUUUAUAAGAAGAGAAGGUUCUGAGCAGAGCAGCACGACCCAAGUGUGUGGCGACCCAGGUGUGUGAAUGGAGACGACCCUUUUCUCUUCUUCAAGUUUAUUUUGUUUCUCUUCUUGUUCUGUUUAAACGAAGUUUUGUUUCAUUGUUUAUUUUACUUUUUUUGUUUGUUUUUUUUAUUUGGUUUUUUAAUUUUUAUUUUUUAUUUUUGGUAACAAGAACUAAAAUAAGGAAUAGAAAAGCUGUUUUUCAGGCUGACGGCCCUGUUAAGGGUAGCGAGAGCUUGCAUGGUAGAGUAGGCGUCAUAGUGUCAGUGAGGUCAGUGAGUCUUUGUGCGUCCUGUGUCAUCGUUCGGGCACUGUUUUGUUUUGUUUUGUUGUUCUUAACUUCUUUUUGGUUUUGUUUUUUGUUUUUUAAUGCAAGGGCAAAAAAAAUAAAUCUUUGUACCUGGGGAAAACAACAGCAACUUUUUUUUAAUUAAAAGGAAAAUAAAAGAUAUUGAGGUCUUCCUAGUGUUAUUUAAAUUAAGAUCAAGGUAAGAAACAUUGUAAAAAAUUUAAAAAGUACUAUUUGUUUCCUAAAAACAGUGAUUUCUAUUAAAAAGGUGUCAGAACUGGAGAAAACGCUGUGUAGUUAUAAUUUUUAGCACAGAACCUGCUGAUCAUGAUGACAUUUUGCUGUGUUUGUGUCUCCAGACCGGUGGGCCAGUCUCCAGAACCCCACCUCCUCCCUCCUCAGACUGUGCUGUCCUCUUGGUACAGGGAUCUCAUCUCCUGUGUUUGAAGCCGAAACGAAGUGUGCAUGGAGUCAGGGCCUCCCCACUGUCUCGGGCCUUGCUAGAGUGCAGGCUGGUGACCACCUAGACCUUCCCUUGGUGCUGCUCUCGGUCUUUAGCCACCAGCAUUUCUGUGCCUCGGGGGCCCCUUGGGGGACUGACCAGUGAGAGUUCCUCACUACCUGUACACUUGGCCUCCGGGAGGGUGUAGGGUGCAGGCUGGCUGCAUCAGGAGGGAGAGGCCUUGAGGGUCCAAAUGUCUAUGAAAGCCCAUGUGGCCUUCAAGUCCACCUUGCUUUGAGAAGAGGUCUGUCCUCUGCCUGCACCAGGGUCAGAACUCAGUCCCAUCCCACUCACCCACACCCUUCUUGGGCGUCUCGGGGCUAGAAUCCCUAUGCUUGCCUUGUUUGGCUGUUGUGGACUAUUCUUAGGAAACUGGUUCUGAAAGGCUCUCUAGUCCUCUCUCCCAUGACACCACAGGGAAAGUAGCUUUGGGGGAUGCAUGUUUCCACUAGAAAUCUUUGUCUGUUCCAUGUCCUCGAGCGAAGGGACAGAGGCCUAGGUUCUGCCCCCAGGUCCGAAAGCAGCAUCUCUCUGGAGCCCACCAGGCCCCUGAGUCUAGGAGUAGCAGAAAGGCCCCUUUGCUUCUUCCUUACCCAGUUAGGUCGGGGGAGAGGGAGCUGGAUUCUGACAGUAACAACAGACAAGAGGUGCUUCUGAGAGUGGGUAAGCCCAUCCACACCAGCCACCCAUUCAUUGUCCCAGCAUUAGACUUGAGGCUUCAGCUUGACUGAGAGGAGCAAAGAAGAGCCCUCUUGUCUUCUUCAGAAACUAAGGUGCUACGUCCAGUUUGCGAGCUUUGGAGAUGCCUGGACUAGUUGGAAGAAUCUUUGGCAGAGGAUCAAUGACUCUCAGCAGGCUGAUCCCUGUGCCUGCUCCCCCCACCCUCCCAAACCCCUAUUGAACUUGUCUGGGCCCAUAGGCUAGGGCUUGGCACACAGUCCCUAGCUGUGGCGGAAAGAGGUUGAGAAGCCAUCAAUUCCUACAGCCUUUGCCACAGAAGAGCUGCUAGUGAGAGUACGGGCUUUGAGCGGCAUGCAUUCCCUUCUUCCGAUGUUUGGAAACAAGCUGCUUUUGAGGGACUGGAGUGAAGUAGAACAUGUAGCCCAGCUCCAAGCCUCAGCUGUGGGCCCUGCCCCCUCGUCUGCUUGCCCUUCACCCUGUCAGUACAGCCCCCUUUCCUGUUCUUUCGCACCUGUGAGCAGCUGGACACAUACUCACACACUGCCCCAUGUGAGCUGCCUCCAUGGCUCUUCAUCUUCCCUUUCUCUACCCGCAGUGCAUUGCUCUUAGAGCCACCACAUAUGGAAGGGCCGCUGGCUUGGCAUUCGCUUUGGAGGGCCUUGGACUGGGGGUCCCCCUGUCUCCUGGAUCAGGCUGGCAAGUGCAGGCCCUAAAGGUAGUGAGGUCAGCACCAUCAUCUCACCUUUCUCGCCCAAAUGGUCCUUUAUUUCUUUCCGAGCCUGCUGUCUUGCCUGCGUCUGCUGAGCUCACUCAUUCUUCCUUCCUUCUCUGGCUCUGGGAGGUAAGCCUGCCAAUGGCACCCUUCAGGGAAGACUCAGCUCCGGGCAGUCCCUGGAUGGCUUUACCUGUGUGGGUCCUCCCUCUAGAGCCAGGGACAACCACCAGGCAGCCUCCAGCUGGCCCUGGUCUCAGCGGUUGGUAUCCUCUUAGGGCCACCUCUCCUGCUGCUGCUUCUUGUCUCAUGCCCAUCAGUGUUAAGGGUACAUGGGUACCCAGCACUGUCCAGGGUGACUGUGUUUCCAGCUGUCUUUCUGCACGUACAGCUGCCCCUCUACCACCUCUCUGAUGCUUCUUCUUGAGGCUAGUGGAGCCUUCUUGACUCUGACCACCAGCCCCCCAGCUCACACCCUUUAAAUGGUCUCUUCCCUUUAGGCCCUUCUUUGGUAUGAACCUUACCUAACUAAAGGGCUGAACUCUUGAGGACAUUCCUCCCAGGGGCAGGAGUAGGAUGGACCAGUGGCCCUUUUCUGGACACUGGGUCCUCCAGACCCCAUGGCUUCUGUUGAAUGCAGGCUACUUUGCUCUGUGUAAAAUGACUGUGGCCCUCGCCCUACCCCUCAUCCGAGCACCCUUGGCAGAAAACAGGAGUAUCACUUCUCAUCCCGCCUUCAGCCUAUGCUACUGGUCUGCUCUUCCCCAAGGAGAUGGGUGACCCCUGGGAAGAUUCCGCUGGCCCUCUCUGGGGAAUGAAGAGUCCCAAGAGCCAGGAUGGCACUCUUCAGCAGUUCCACGUGGCAGCCUUGGGCCCUGCACCCCUCUCCGGUGCCCUUGCUCUUAGCCCAGGGUGAGCUGCAGUCAGCUGGGUGGGCUGAGCAGACCAGAAGUCAGUGAGCUCCAAGCAUAGAGCCAGCCAGACCCUGUCCUGUCCAUGUCCUUGCCCUUUGUGAUUUCAGUCUUGGUAGAAUUUGUAUUUGGAGUUUUGUGCUUCAAAGUUUCUGUUUUGUUUGUUUGGUUUUUGUUUUGAGGGGGUGGGGGGGUACAGAGCAGCCGAUCAAUUUGUAUUUAUUUAUUUUAACAUUUUACUAAAUAAAAGCCAAAUAAAGCCUCUCA